UUGAUGAAAAUUUAUCAUACAUAUCAAAUUUAGUAGGAAUGGUAAUUCCCAUCGUUGCUGGUGGGUUUACUUUCAUUAUUUGUGUCAUCACUGGGAUAGUAUGUUAUAUAAGGAUGCAGAAAAAGAAGAAGCACCAAAACUCUCCCACUGCUGAAGCUGUUGUGUAUGAUAAUAGUGAUGAAACAUUUGUUUUGGAAACAUUUCCUUCGAAUGAAGCAAGUGAAAAGAAAUUGAAGUAUGCGAAAAUACCUCAGGAUUCUGGUACAGAAAGCAGAAAAAGAAUUCUGGAAAAUAAUAAAAUUAUUGAAACAACAAGAUCAGAGACAGAGUAUGAUCACCUUCAUCAGAAGAACAGACUCAGUUCAUCAGCAGCAGAUAACAUGGAUAACAUGUACAGUAGCAUACAAGGCAAUCAAAACGGAGCACAAAUUUUAGUGGAUGAUACUUAUGACCAUACGAUCGGAAUGGAAAGUAAAUGUGGAUCGUGUCAGAUAAAUCCUAGUGUGAAUGAUUUCUACGAUCAGGCUCAUGUGUCUGAAAAUGUGACGUCAGCAACAGACGACUUUUACAGUCACGUCAUGGGCGACAAAAUUCUAUCACAAAACAUGUUGGUAGAUUACACAUAUGACGGAACAGGGGAAAUUGGAAAUAAAUAUGGAACAUCACUAUAAUAAUGUGAAUAAUACUUACGACCAAGCACAAUUUCUGCCUGAAACGCAGGAAUCGCCUAAAAAUAAUUCUCAAGUUUCUGAAAUAGUUUACGACCAACCAACAUGACCUAACCGGUGUUUUUUGUCUAAAAUUCGAUUGUAGCUUCUCUUUUUUUCACUAGCAUUGAAAUAUGAAAUUUAAUAUAUGCAAAUUAUAACUUUGUUUCCCAAAAAUUUAAAUCUCCAAAAGUCAG